AUGGCAAAAGUAUUUCUUACUGAAGAGGAGGAGAUAGAAGAUGUAUGUAUGAAAAUAACAAAAGAAAUUGGAAAUAUGGGAGAGGCCUGCAGGCCUGUGAAAGCAGUGCCGCUGUAUUCUACGCUUCCUCUUGCUAUGCAGUAGAAGAUAUUUGAACCUGCUCCUCCCCCGACUGAGGGCGGCCCUCUUGGGAGGAAGAUUGUAGUCUCAACAAACAUUGCAGAAACUUCUUUGACCAUAGAUGGUAUAAUUUAUGUGAUAGACCCUGGGUUUGCAAAACAAAAGGUCUAUAACCGUCGAAUACGUGUUGAAUCUUUGUUGGUCUCUCCAAUAUCAAAGGCUAGUGCUCACCAAAGAUCAGGUCGUGCUGGAAGAACGCAACUAGGAAAAUGUUUUAGACUCUACACUGAGAAAAGUUUCAAUAAUGAUCUUCAGCCACAGACAUAUCCAGAAAUACUGUGAUCAAACCUUGCAAACACAGUUCUCACCUUGAAGAAACUAGGGAUAGAUGAUCUGGUCCAUUUUGAUUUUAUGGAUAAUCCCUCUGCCCCAGAGACAUUGAUGCGCGCAUUAGAGGUUUUGAAUUACUUGGGAGCGUUGGAUGAUAAAGGAAACUUGACCAAGCUGGGUGAGAUCAUGAGUGAGUUCCCCUUGGAUCUGCAGAUGUCAAAGAUGCUUGUUGUCAGCCAAGAAUUUACCUGUUCAAAUGAGAUUCUGUCUAUUUCUACCAUGCUUUCAGUACCCAAUUGCUUUAUCCGGCCUAAGGAGGCUCAAAAAGCAACAGAUGAAGCAAAUGCAUGGUUUGGGCACAUUGAUGGGGAUCACCUUACGCUCUUGAAUGUAUACCAUGCAUACAAGUAAAAUAACGAGGAUCAAUCUUGGUGUUACGAAAACUUUGUCAACCAAAGGGCAUUGAAAGCUGCUGAUAAUAUGAGAUAACAGCUAGUUCGGAUCAUGGCUAGGUUCAACUUCAAGCAAUGCAGUACAGAUUUUAACAGCCGUGACUACUACAUCAACAUCAGGAAAGCUAUGCUAGCUGGAUAUUUCAUGCAGGUGGCUCAUCUGGAGCACACUGGACACUAUUUAACUAUGAAAAACAACCAAGUGGUUCACUUGCACCCUUCAAAUUGCCUGGAUCAUAAGCCAGAGUGGGUCAUCUAUAAUGAGUUUGUCUUAACAAGCAGAAAUUUCAUCUGCACAGUAACAGGUGUUCGUGGGGAAUGGUUAGUUGAUAUAGCACCACACUACUUUGACCUUGCAAACUUUACUCCUUGCGAGGCAAGGUGUGUUCUUGAGAAGCUAUACAAGAAAAGGGAAAAUGAGAAGGAAGAGAGCAGGAACAAAAAGUGAAACUGUCUCCAUGUUUAUGCUCUCCUUGAGAAUGUGUCUCAGGAGCUUUUUAGUGUAUUUGAGAGCUGUGUUAUCUGGAUUUUAUUAGCCCAGCAAUACCUCUCAACAGAUCCCAGUUUCAAGAAAAGCACAAUGGAA